AUGGAGGUGGAGGGAAUUGCAGCAGGAUCAACAGGAAAUCCAAUGAACUUGAAGGAGAUAUUUUAUACCAAUCUCUUGUUGUUGGAGUUCGAUACUGAAGCUCAAGAAGCCAAGUAUCGAAUACCGUUUAAUAGGUGAGAUGAAUUAUUGCAUCUUGUGUUUUCCCUGAGGGCUGAGGAGUUCAAAACACUAUAAUAUGUGAAAAAUCAUCUGGCAUUAUUAAAUAUUAAUUAAAUAGAGUAAAUCAGUAAAAUAUAAACUAAGAAACCCUCGACACAGUGACCCUUACUGGAAGGUUUGGAAAUUGCCCACCUGAGAUUUUGAAAAUUUAAUAGUAAAUGUGUAUCUUGAUUGUGCAAUACAAACUUUCCAUAAUGACCGUCGACAAAUAGAUUUAGUCCUCUGUUUUGCUGACUUAAGUUCCGAGAAGGGUGAAGGGCCAUCUGACUGGAAAGUUUGGCAAUUCCGCAACUGAGAUUUUGAAAUUUCAAAAUUGUGUGGCCGAUAUCUUGAUUUCACACACAAUAUCUCGAUUGCAUGAUCAAAAUACAAACUUUCCACACUGGGGAAGGGGUUAGCUCAAAAUCUGUGAUUACAAAAUAUUGGGACGAGCGAUGCUAUAUGUAAAAUAAUAUUCAGUAGCUAGUUGCAAAUUGGUAGGGGGAAGGGGCUCGUUCAAAGCAAUUGUGGAACAAGUCCGUGCAGUGUGAUGAAAUAUAUUGUUGACAGUUCCUAAGUAGGACUGUAGGGUGCAUCAGGGUGCAAUGCCAUUUGAAAAGUUACAAUUUAUUCUUAUCUUUUACAGUGAUAUGUUUCUAUAUCCAAACAAAAAAGCAAUGGAGGUUGUUUUGCAUUUCCUGUUUUGUAAACUGGAUGCACCGCUGGCCUUUCAAGAAUUUAGGUAAGUGUACAGAAGUGAAAAGUAGUACAUAAAAAAGUCAAAACAAUGAGUGACUGGAUUGAAUAGAGAAUAUUGGGAUUUUCAAAAUAAUGAAAAGAUGAUCCAGAGCUCCCUCAUGGAGAGAAUUGGAAGUUAACCCCUACUCUCCCCCCCCCCCCACCUUUGCCCUUUGGAUGUCCUAGUACAUCCUACUAUCAAUUGUAUACGUAUGUAACUAGAUGAUAUUUGAUAUUAAGUGAAAAAUCUUUGUUAAUUUGCAGAGACUGUUGGCCUGUUCGAGAUAAAAAGAUGGAACAAGAAUUUCGCAAAUCUUGUAACAGUUGGUUAACAAAGAUCUCAAAAGUAUAUUCCAUUACUUUUAACUAAUGUGCUUACUAGGGACCAAUAGUGAAUACUGUAAAAUUGCACUCAUCUAAAUGCAUAUCAUAUUUCAUAUUUUGUCAUAAACUGAUGAACAGGAAUAUAGUGGCAUCAGCAGUUGUUUUCAAUCGUAUAUGACUAGUCGUAUUGUGUAAAUGGGCCUUUCAUGAUAUGACUAUAUAAUUUAAGGUUGCUUAUUACUGUAAUUGUGUAAUUAAGUUGGAUAUUUUAUGGAAUGUAUUCUACUUGUAGGAGGAACCUGAUUCAAACUUACCAAGAAUUGGUCCAACUCUCUUUUUAUCUCCAGGAG